AUCGAAAGUGCACGCGCGCUUGGGGAGCAUCGCUCUUAUGCGGGGCGAGAGAGAGCCACCGAACGAAACUUCUUUCGAAGUUUGCAACGACUCGUUAUCAACAAACAUAACUUGAUUCGCUUCGUUAUUUCGAAGUGUUGUAGACGUGUUUUUCCUCGGUGUGUUCUGUUUUUCCCUUCCUGGACCCGCGGUGCGGUGUUCGGUUCGUUUCGGUGUGGGACCAUCGCCAACAGAAAGAAGGCAGACCCGGACCGAGAGAAGAAGCUGAGUGCGCGAGUUUCAGCAAGAGUGAAGCAGAACAAAAAAACGAACGAGUCACACUCGUGGACGGACGUUCCUACGCAGCAGAAGACUCGCCGGUUGAUAGAUACGGACUGACUGGUAGCUGUUGCUCGGUCCCUGCUUGUGUUCGCCUUCCACACAUCUUGGCGGUAGCGCGCGCGGUUAACCAUGUGAGGCGGCGAGCGAGACAGAGAGAGACAGCCCCAAAAGUGUAAAAAAGUGGCCAGAUCAUUCCCGGUUUCGGAAGCGAAGAAAAAAGGUCAUCAAGGCAGUCUUUUUUGUUUUGCCAAACCAAGAGGACAAACAUCAUCGUUUUGGACGGACGUUGACGAAAACCGCUGGCGGAGGUGGCGAACGCGCGUUGAUUUUCUUGUUGCGUCGGUUUUUUUUUUCUCGCGGGAACGUGGAGGAAUUUUUUCGACCAGUCAAAAAAUACUCGGCGACCGGUUCGGGGGUCUCCGGAAUAUUAGUGAAUUUUUGUCGCAAUUACCGAUAAUGAGUUAUGAGGCGUAGGGAGAUCGGUUGACAGACGGCAGGGAGUUAAUGAGCCAUAUCUAAGGUGAAACCGUACGUGUCAGUGUGUGUGACAAUCGUGAAAGCAUCGAGCGAAGCCGUGAGUCCUGAAGCGCUGAAGAGGAACAAGUGGAAAGAAUCAAGUGAAUGAGAGAGUGCUUCGGAGGAAAGGAAAAAAUGUAAACACCAUUAGUGAACAAAAAGUGUAAUGAUAAUUGUGUCAAUCAGUUUUUAUUUCUUCGCACACUGCACUGCAAUCGAUUUCGUGCAAUAAUGUUGAUCGAUGAGUGCCGGCCCGAGGGCGACAUCCAAGUGCUACGAGUGUGAAGCGGCGGCAGGCAGACGAGUGAAUUUUGUUGCGAUUCAUUCAUAAAACGUGAUUAAAUUGAACACGGUACACCCGUCGUCUCACCAACCUGAUCCACUCCCCCUGUCCCUGCAAUGCAAUGAUAAUAGCAGGAACGCGAAAUAAUAACGGAAUCGCAUGUUGAGUGAAAUUAUCGGAAGCCCAGCUGAGUGGGACGCGGACGUGUGUGUUCGUUUGUGUGACGAAGAAGUGCUGCACUGAACACAGGAAACGAAUCAAUUUGUUACGGCGACGACGCCAACGGGGUGACAAUACUUUCCCUGCGCGCGGCGAUUAAUCAACGGGCUCGUUGGUGGUUGAGUGAAGAAGAAUUUCCCCUGAUGACAUUGAAGAGUAAACAUAAAAGUGUGCUGUGCAUUCAGAAGAAGGAAGUGCGUCUCGAUAGCCUCCUAAAAGAAUCAAACGCGUGAACCCCGGGACGCAAUGUGCAAUUGUUUAUGGUGCUUUGUAGUGGUACUAGUAGAAGAACAGAUCCAGCCAGCAGCGUCCAGUUUCGAGAUAUGUAUCCGUGGUAUAGAGAAGCACCGUUAAGUGUUGGACAGAUUUGCAGCCCGCUGACAGGAGCGGCGGCGGCGGCAACGACCAUCAAGACCGAAGCCGGCUACAGUGAUUGUAUGCUGGAUUUUCAUAGUAAGAAAACGCCGUCCUCGUUUCCCUGGCUGUCGGACGCCACCAACAACAACGACUACUCCAAAGCUAACAACAACCACCACAGCCACCACCCGCACCUUCACCACCAUCACCACAACACCUGCCGGCAUCCGGAGGACUCCAAGCCGGGUCUCAAUUGCAAUUCACCCCGGAUUGGUUCCAACGGCGGUGGGCCAACCACCGGACAUCAUCCAUCGGCAUCUUCGGUACCAGCGGAGGGAGCUACUCCCGAUUCCAGCAGCACGACGGCGACCGCGGCGAUACCCAACUUCAACCAGAUGCCGGUGCCGGGCUCGGUCCAGGGCCAGAAUCCCACCCAGGGACUGGUGCACUGGAUGAGCGCGGUCAUGGCCGAGCAUAUGACGUCCAAUUCACAUCACGACCCGACGGCGGUCGGGAUGCACUACAUGUGGAACGGACCGGUUGAGCAAUGUGGCCAGCACACCAAGGAUAUGGACUCGUACAGCGGCUGGCCGGCCCCCAGAAACCACAUGUCCAUGAAGCAAGGAUAUGAGGCGAAAAUGAAUGCGGUCGAUCAUCACCAUCAUCACAACAACCUGCAGAAAGGUCACAUGAUUGACGACGGACGCCUGCUGGAUCAUCACGGAAUGCAGUCGGCGGCCCAAAUGAGUCAAAUCUACGGGGCCCGAGGAGCGGCGACGAACGGAUCCCCCGGUGGCCAUCACGUGCACCACCCGAAUUCGGCGGCCCUACUGGUCGUCCCGCAACCCAUCAACGCCACCAAGAUAGGAGCGGCGCUGCCCAAUGGGACCGGCCGGAAGUACCAGUGCAAAAUGUGCCCCCAGAUUUUCACAUCGAAAGCAGAUCUCCAGUUGCACACGCAGAUUCACAUGCGAGAGGCAAAGCCCUACAAAUGUUCCCAAUGCAAUAAGGCGUUCGCAAACUCCAGCUAUCUGUCGCAGCACACUCGGAUACACCUGGGCAUCAAACCGUACCGGUGCGAGAUUUGCCAGCGGAAAUUCACCCAACUGUCCCACUUGCAGCAGCACAUCCGUACUCACACCGGUGACAAGCCGUACAAAUGUCGACAUGUCGGUUGUUUGAAAGCAUUUUCCCAGCUGUCGAAUCUCCAGUCGCACUCCCGGUGCCACCAAACGGACAAACCCUUCAAAUGCAACUCGUGCUACAAGUGUUUCUCAGAUGAGCCAUCGCUGCUGGAGCACAUUCCCAAGCACAAAGAAUCCAAGCAUUUGAAGACCCAUAUCUGCCAGUACUGCGGCAAGUCCUACACCCAGGAAACCUACCUUUCCAAGCACAUGCAGAAGCACUCCGAGCGAACAGACAAGCGACCGCCGAUCGGAGCACGCAGCAGUAGUAGCACGUUGAAUCUCAAUACCAACACAACCGUCCUUCCGGCCAUGGCCAGCAGCGAAAACCCCUACUGGCCCAAGGUGAGUCCGGAUUCGGCAGCCAACAUGACGGACGUCAUGCAACAGCAACAGCAGCCUCCAACGAAUCAACAACCCCCGCAGCAGCAACAGCAGCAGACUACCCAACAAAGUCACCACGAGUUCAACCUGAAUCAGCAGAACAGCGCCAACAAUCAAACUCCCAACGGUCACACCGUGGCACCGGGUGACCUCCACCACCACCGGGACGAGAACGUCGAAGACUUGGUGGUCAACGCUCGCCAGGGCGGACCGAACAUGAACGGAAACCUCUCGUUGCCGCCGCCCACGUCCACCCCGAUGUCCGCCGGAAGUUACGACACCAGCAGCAUAGCGAAGGCGGCAUCCAACUCGGCCUUUACGCCGAUCAACUCGAUGCCGCCGCACCUAAACACCCUGCAGCACCACCACCAUCAGCUGGCCCAGCGGCCCUAUCUGUACGAUGCGAUCAGUUUCCAGAACCAGAAGGCGAUCAACCAGAGCCCGUCGAAUGCGUUCCCGAAUCAGUUGAUAUCGUUGCAUCAGAUCCGGAACUAUGCGCACCAGCCGGGCGGGGGGCUGAUGGCGGGGGAGCAUUUGCUGGGGGUUACGGUUGGGGCCGGCGGUAAGGAUAAGGGUUAAGGCGGGGGAUGGGAUGUUGAUUGUUGGAAUGAUGGAUGAUUUUUUUUGUGAGUGGACGGACAUUAACGCUUCUGAAUUUGGUUUUGCUGAAAACGCUACUGAACAUAUUCUUUAAUUUUUAUCAGGUUGUCUUUGAUUAGGAUUUAUAAACGUUGUCGUAGACGUUUCGCCAGAUCCUUUUUGCAUUUUUUUUCUUCUCAGAAAUAUUCCUUUGAGAAAUUGUAGUGAAAUUGCUGCAGCAAUGACUGGGCAUUAUUGGAGAAAUAUUUGUCAGAACCAGUCGAAUAAAUUCAUACAACAAACAAACCAAAAGCUACUGUAGAUAUAUAUGGCAAAAUUAAAAAGGAAACUGGAAACAUCCAGAGGUAUCUCUCGAAAAGAAUUUCUGAAGUUUUUUUUUUCUAAACUAAUUUAAUGUUUUUAUAAAAAAAAGUUACAAUGAUGAGCUUCAAAAAGCACACUGUGGCGGAGAUUACAUAGAAAAUUGUUUUGAAUUAUGCCUGUAAAAUCCCAGUUAGCCUAGUGGUUAAGGCUAUGGAUCGCCAAUCUGGAGACGGCGGGUUCGAUUCCCGUUCCGGUCGGGAAAAUUUUCUCGACUCCCGGGGCAUAGUGUAUCAUUGUACUUGACUCACAAUAUACACAUUCAUGCAAUGGCAGGCAAAGGAAGCCCUUCAAUUAAUAACUGUGGUAAUGCUCAAAGAACACUAAGUUUAAGCGAGACAGGCCAAGUCCCAGUGGGACGUAGAGCCAGAAAGAAGAAAAAGAAGCCUGUAAAAUCCCAAUGAAACAUUCUUGAAAAUAUUCACAUAAGAACUCUCCAGCGAGAAUACCCGAAGGAAAUAUUGAAGAAAUUUCUAAAGGAUUUUUUGGGGAAAUAGACGUCUAGAAGAACAGAAAUCACUGCACUGAACGAACCGGUACCACGAGUAUCGCAACUUUUGGGAAGUUCCUUCUAACAUUUCUCCAGAAAAUUUAUUUCAAACUCUUUCUGAGAUUUUCCUGAAGUUUUUUAGGAGUUUCUCCAGGAACUCAUACAAUAAUUUAUCCAGAAAUCCCAGCACAGAUUUCCUGGAAUCUAACUCCAACGUUUUAUCUUGAAAAUGCUUGAAUGGAUUGAUAAGUUUCCACAAAUUUUCUGGCAUUGAUCUAGAGAUUUCUAGACAAGUGACAUUGUCAAAUACAUGGUGAUCACUCUAAAAAUUCCACCCGUAUUUCUAGCAGCUUAAUAUCGAAACUCUUCUUUUAGCCUCGAAUGGAUUAUGGAUUACUUCAGGGAUACCUGAGAAAUGUUUGAAAACGAUUUUCGGAGAAACUUGAAUUCUGCAAAAGCUAGAAAAAGAUGAACAGCACACAGUCAAACCAUAUCCGUAAUAUCAAUCUUGGAAUCAUGAAGCAUUUUUCUUGAAAUCAACUCAAAUAUUUCUCCUAGAAUCUCUUCACGGAUUGGUUCUGAAAUCUCCCCAUGGAUUCCUUCAGGUGACAGCUUCACGAAUACCUCCAGCAAUAUCGCAGAUCUGGAAUCUCUCCAUGGAUUUCUCCUGAAAUCACAUAUUCGACGUGGGAUCUAUCCACGGGUCACAACAGAAAUUAUGUCUAUGAUGUCUCCUGGAAUCGUUCAACAACAUUAUAGAAUCUCCCUACAAAUUCCUUGAGGAUCAUUGUAAAAAUUGUUCUCCGAAGCUAUCCACGUAUUGCUUCGUAAAUUCAUAUAAAUAUCCCUGGACCUGCUUGUAUCCCUUGAUGAAUUCCUCCUGAAACCUCUACAUGGAAUUACACAUCUUUGCACUUGAAUCUAUUCACGCAUUCCUGCUGGGAUAUUUUCACGCAUCUCUUCAAGAAUCCCUACAGUCAACCAAAAAUUCAUUUGAGUUCGCUUCACUACUUGGAUUUAUCCUGGAAUCCCCUCACAAAUUCCUACUGGAAUUUCAUCACAAUUACCACCUGCAACCUUCCUACAAAUUUAUCCUGGGAUUAGUCCUGGAUCUAUCCAUGGAUUCUUGCAAGAAUCCUUCCACGAGUUCCUCCUGAAAUCACACCACGAGUUCAUCCUGGAAACUGGAUUCGCACUGGAACCUCUCCACAAAACCCUUCUAGAAUCUAUCCACGGAUUCCUCCUGGAAUCUCUUUACGAAUUUCUCCUAGAAUCUUUCCAUGAAUACCUCCUUUAUUUUUUUUCACGGUUUUCUCCUUUACAGAUUUUUCCUGCAAUCUCUUCACUUAUUCCUUUUAAUUCAGUACACAAAUUUCCUCUGGAAUCUGGUCACGAAUCUCUCCUAGAAUUUUUCACGGUUUCCUCCUGGAAUCUCUUUAUGAAUUCCUCAUGAAAUCUCUGUACAAAUUCUGUCUUAAUCUUUUUUACGAUUUUUCUGUGAUCUUGCCACAAAUUUCCGCUAGAUACUAUCCACAAAAUGUUUUUUGAAUCACUUCAAAGAUUUCCACAAACGCCUGCUAGAAUCUAUCCACGAAUUGCUCCUUCGCAGUUUCCACCAGAAAUCUUCCCGCAUAAUUCUCAAAUUUCUUCACGGUUUUUUUUUUCCUGAAAUGAGAGUUCGCCCUGGAAUCUCUUCAAGAAUUCCUUAAUGAACCUUCUCACGAGUUUCUUCCGGGAUCUCACCUCUAAUUUUUGCUAGAAUCUAUCCACAAAUCACUCAUUAAUUCCUGUUAGAACAUCCAUAUAGAUUCCUUCUUUAAUCCAUCUAUAGAUUUCUCCUGGAAUCUCUCCACGUUUUCACCUUUUUUGGAAUCUCUACACAAAUUCCUUCUUGAACCUUCCCACGAAUUUCUCUUGUGAUCUUUCGACGAAUUCUUCCAUUCUUCCCACGAAUUCCUCCUAAAAUCACUACACGGAUUUCGCCAGGAAUUCACACUGGAAUCUCUCCACAAAUUUCUGCUAGAAACUACAGUAGACGUUCGAUAACUGCAACAUGUUUACGUUUCACUUAGCGAACGAAAUUCGGUAACUGCAACGACUGACAGAUGUCAACAAGUUGUCAAAUGACAAAAAAUAACCGUGAAAGUGACCCGACUGUUCAUUUGGGCUAACAUGGCGCACCAUUUUGACGUUUGGUGGUGCGAUAGCUACAAAUUUGUUGCACUUACCGGACUUGCAGUUAAAAAGCAUUGCAGUUAAACCGUUUGCACCACGCCUGUGACACGCCUAUAUCAAUAACAUGGAGUGACAGUUCAGACAUCAGGGGCCCAUUUUCAUUUGAUCAACACAUUUUGGGGCUAUUAUAACAAAAGAGAUGUUGACAACAAUGCCUGCCACUGGGCUGGUUUGCACCGACCGAACGUCUACUGUAUCUAGAAAUUUCACCUGUCAUCACUUCUCGUAUUCCUUCGGGAGACUCUCCACCAUGUCUUCCUAGAAUCUAUCCACAAAUUUCUUCUGAAUUCACUUCAGGUGACACGAAUUCCUUCUUGAAUCUUUUCACGGAUUUCUUUUGAGAUCUUUCCACGAAUUCAUGCUAUAAUUUCCCCACGAAUUCCUCCGGGAAUCUCUCCACGAAUUCAUCUUAUAGUUUCUUCGCGGUUUUCGUCGGAAAUCUCUCUAUGGAUUCCUUCUGCAAUCUCUAUACGAACUCCUGCUGGAACAUUCCCACGGUUUUUUUUUUCCUGGAAUCUCUCCUUAAGUUCAUUUAUUGAUUGAUUUAUCUUUAUUUGAGAGACUUUCAGCCCUUGGCUGGUUCGUCUCUUCCCUCAAGUUCAUGUUAGAAUCCAUCCACGAAUUUCUCCUGGAACUUUUCCGUGAAUUUUCACUGGAAUCGCUCCACCAAUUUCUGCUAGAAUGUCGUCACGGUUUCUUCCUGGAGCCUCGCGUUAGAUUUCUCCUGGCAUCUCUACAUAAAUUCCUCCUAGAAUUUAUCCACUGAUUCCACCUGAAAUUACUUGACAGAUUCCUACACGAAUUCCUUCUUAAACCUUCUCACGGAUCUCUUCUGGAAUAUCCCUGUGAAUUCUCAAUAGAUUCCACCUCCACGGGUUUUUUUUUUCUAGAAUCACUUCACGAAUUUCUCGAAUCUCUUCACAGCUUUUUCCAGAGUUCUACACAAAGUAUCCCCUUGGAAUUUGUCUGUGGAUUAGCCCUGGCAUAUUGAAAAAAAAAACUGUAUCGAUACUCGAAUAUGGAAAACUGGCUUUUUUCACACUAACAAGAUAAUGCCCUAGAACUGAAAAUCUAAAAAUAAAAACGAAGAGACACCCUAAUUGUAAAUACAUGAAAAACAUAUUUUUUUAUAAUAUAUUUUAAAAAUGUUUUUUUUUUUAAUUUUCGACUGGGAUAGUUACAUCGCUUUUUUAUCGUUAUAGACAGCAGUUUUUUUUUUAUAUUACUCUGACUCCAAUAUUUCAAUCCUUAUUUGCAUCUUUAUAAGGGAAUUUAUAAUAUGAUUAGUAAGGUACCCCGGGGCAAGUGAGAAUCCGGGGCAAGUGAGACCUACGGCUAUAAUUUUAUCUAUUUUUUGUUUUUAAGGCAAACAUUCUUCAUGGAAAACAUAGGUAUCACACCAACGGAUACUUUGAAUUCAAAAAUUGUUAUUGUUCUCACCAAAAAGAGACCAUAUAUGUUAUUGUUGUUCAUAUGUAAUUUUCAAUUCACUAAGUGAGAUUAACGUACUCUACUAUAUUCGUCGUUUAAAAAUAGAAUAUCAGAUGAGGUAAAACUUUUUCGGUUUCAGGAUAAUAUUUGGAAUACUUGCAAAUUAUUUUAAGCGAAAAUGGUGUAAUUUAUUUUCAUUUAUUACCUUUAGUUAACUGCUCCCACUUGCCCCAGUGCAUUUCAGCAUCUGGGGUAAGUGAGA